AUGGACAUCUUUCUAGACAUUGCUGACGAAUACCUUUUCGAUAAUGUAUACGCGUCGAUUCUCCCACUGCUUCCAGUAUUACCAACACUAAAAAACGACACAACAAUUGGCACAAGCCCCAUUUCUUCUUCACUAUUGUUCUCCACAGCCAGUUCGACUCUACCCCGCGACAACAUAUACCGACAACUAGUUUCCCUCUUCGUCAUAACCCUAGUGUUUGCAUACUUUUUUUACUUUUUCUUCGCGACACUUUCAUACCUUUUCGUAUUUGAUCAUGAUCUGAUGAAACACCCAAAGUAUCUAAAGAAUCAAAUUAGCAAGGAGCUUCGUCUGUCGGUGAUGGGAUUUCCGCUGACUACACUUGUUACCGUGCCGUGGUUUCUGGGCGAAGUCAGGGGUUAUUCGAGGCUCUAUGAGAAUAUCGAAGAUUAUGGAUGGUUUUAUGCGGUAUUCUCCAUAGGAUUUUUCUUGUUUUUCACGGAUGGUUGUAUUUAUUGGAUUCAUCGGUGGCUUCAUCAUCCGUUAAUUUAUAAAAGAUUGCAUAAGGCACAUCAUCGUUGGAUUAGUGCAUUUCUUGCAUCCGGAACAUUUAUCAACGGCGCUGCACACCACGCGCUUCAUCAUCUAUACUUCAACUACAAUUACGGUCAGUAUUUCACAUUGUGGGACAAGAUCGGUGGCAGUUAUCGACUGCCCACCGAAGAGCAGCUCGAUCAAAAGAUAAGAAAAGAUGAUCGAGUGUGGAUGAAGCAAGCUAAAGAGGUGGACGAAUUUGAUGAUAAUGGCAAAAUGAAAAUGAAUUAA